AUGCCGUCACUGGCGUCGCCCUCGUCGCUCCUGAGUUCCGUCGUCUCACAGGCUGUGGGUGCGCAGUCGGCGCGCGCGCGACUGCUGUCCACGCUAUCAACGCGCCACGUGGAGGACAUUGACGGCUUACAGAUCGCUGACCUGCGUUCGCUGUCGUCGUCUGUUGCGUCGUCCACGACCCAUUCGCACUCAACGUGUGAUUCUUAUUCGCAGAUCGAGACGGACUUUACCGAAGCGGUUCUGUUUGUUGAGAGCUAUCAAGGGCCGCACCGUAUCCUGACGCAGGAGCAUUCGUCGCCGAAGAAGGACUUUUACGCCUUUUUUCAGCAGGCGACAGUCGGUCCAUGUCCCACCACGACGCCGUCCGCCCAAUGGACCAAAGCGGAGCAGGAGAAGUGGGAGAAGUGGCGUAAAUUGGGAUACAUGACGAGGCGGGAGGCCAUGCAACGAUACGUCACGGCGCUGGACAAUCUCGUGGACGAGUGGCGGCGCAGCGCGAAGUUACGCGGCACUUCCGUUCGUAACAGAAACCUGGACACCUCCGCGGUUCAAUCAGGAUCUGAAGCAGGAUCUGCAGUGUCAAACCAGCUGAAGUGGUCUACCAGCAUGAUCGAGCGCUUGCCACGGAUGUACGAUGAACUAGUGGAGCUACAGGACCGCUUGGAGGACGAGACGAAGAAGCGUGAGGAGCUGGAAGCUCACUUGCUGCACUCCAUUCGCGACAACCGCUGCGUCGCGAACAAGCAGAUCGAGCACGCGAGCAACAGCUUCGCCUCGCUGGUCAAGAAUCUGGAAGAGAAUGUAGCGCAGCACUCGGUCGAGCUACAGCAGUUGGCGUUGCAGCAGCACCAGUUUGCGGCUCGAGCAGAGAGCUCAGUCCUCGUGGCCGUCGAAGCUCGAAUGCGGCGCGUGGUGGUCUAUGUCCGAAAGUGGAUGCACAACCGCUCGAUCCGUGCGGCGUUCGUCGUAGUGAUUGGGCUCCAGGGAUGGCAGUUCUUGCGCCGCUGUCGUCUGCCGCAGUUUGUAGCGCAAAUCCUCAUCCGGUGGCUGACCAGAGCGUCGUCACUAGACAGUGACAAGACGGCAUUGCCCACGAUCAGUCGACACUGA